AAUGGAAUUUUCAGUCAUGCAUAUACAAUGAAGCAAUGAUCUCUGAUGUUAUUGCUCCAUCACCAUGGAAGAUUUAUAGUUGCCACAAUGGACUAAGGAUCUUCAAAGAAGCACCAGAUUGGGGUUUCGGAAGAAGUUGGGGCAAUCACCCAGUAAUGAUGGCAGUGAGUGUGAUUGAGGGAACUUCAGAAGACAUUUUCCAAACUCUUAUGUCUCUACGGCCCUCAAGAUCAGAAUGGGACUUCUGUACACACCAAGGUAGUGUGAUAGAUCACAUUGACGAUCAUACUGAUAUAAUUCAUGUGAAGUUGUACAAUGAUCGGUUACCUAGGGGAAUGAAACCACGAGAUUUUUUGUUGCAAAGAUAUUGGAGAAAAGAGAAUGACGGCACAUAUGUUAUAUCAUUCCAUUCUGUUCAUCACAAGACUUGUCUACCACAAAGAGACUAUGUUCGUGCAUCCCUUCAAAGUGGAGGUUUUCUGAUAACUCCUGUCAAAAAUGGAAAGGCAUCACGUGUCAAACACAUGCUUGCUAUUGAUUGGAAAUUCUGGAAAUGGUAUCCAUGCCCUUCAUCUGCUUCUACACCCUUGACCAUUUCUUUGCUUGAGAGACUUGCAGCACUGAGAGAAUAUUUUAAGGCCAAAGAUGGAAAUUGUUCCUCUGAACCUAUUGCAAUAAAAGUCGAUACUAAGAAUGAAGUUACAAAAGAUAACAAGAGGGUCAUGGAACAUGUAAUGGAAGAUAAAGCAGGGAAAGAUAUUUCUCACUGUACAAGUUUAACGGACAUGAAUGAUUCAGAUGAGUUCUUUGAUGCUUAUGAGCGAAUGUAAUGUGAUGAAUUUGAAAAUAAGCCUUGCUUUCGAAAAAACACUCUCAGCAACAAAUAUUUUAUCUUAUAAAACAUCUUUUAGGGUGGCAUGUCCUAUAUACUGUUAAUUGUUGGAGUUGAAGCUACUGGAUGAACAAUGGACUUAUUACCCCCAAUGUCAUCAGCUUCUGGUUGGUACAAGACCCUGCAGGUUACAUUAAUUUUAUCUCAUUAUAAAUUAACUAGAGUUGCCAGUUAUUUAACAUAACUCUAAAAGGUUUUCUCAUAAAAUGAUUCCAAAUUUAUGUUUUGUAGUUCAGAAGAAGAACAAGAAACUGCUACAAGGGAGAAAUGUGUGUUAUGUCCAUAUUUCUUUGAUGAAUCUGGUCCAGUAGCAGGUUAAUUGAAGUCAAUGCUUAUGAAGAUCAAAGCCUAGAAUGUCAAUAUGUUGUUCUGGACAACAUUCCCAGCACAAAACCUACUCACCACUGAGCUAAAAUCUUGUUUGUGAAGAUCAAUAUGGAUGGUGUUCCUAUAGGGAGAAAUUGGACGUCAAUGCUUAUGACUACUAUGAAAAAUUUGCUCUGUUGUUGAUGUUGUUGAUGAACUGUUUAGAAGUCUCCUUGCAGGGUAUCACUCUCUUGGCCUUUUAGUUGUAUAGUUGUGUGCAUGUAGUCACUUUAAUCAUAUUUGUUGUUGAAACAUUUGUUUGAAUAUGGAGAUUUUUU